AUGGUUUCUAUCGCGGGCAAGAUCCCCACUGCACGUUCUGCAACGGCUACCUCCUUGCUUCUCUUCUCACAUCCAGAGACCUACAGCAUUUUGCUUGCGGCGCGGCUUCGGAAGGGCGAUGCGUUUUCUGUGGCCAGGAUUGCAGGGAUCCAGGCUGCUAAAAAGACCUCUGAUCUUAUCCCGCUUGCGCACCCGGGGCUCGAUAUGACCGGUGCCUCUGUACGGCUAGAGCCGUUUGUUGGGAACAUGCUGCCAUAUCCUCUCACGAGGAAAGCGUUGGGCUUGGACGAAAAUGAGAGGCGUUUGAGCGGCGGAGUCUUGAUCACGGCGACGGUGAGUUGCGAAGGAAAGACUGGAGUGGAAAUGGAAGCCAUCACCGCCGCCUCUAUUGCAGGUCUGACGAUGUAUGACAUGCUCAAGGCCGUGGACAAGUCAAUGGUUUUAACGGAGACUCGUGUCAUUGCCAAAAGCGGCGGCAAAUCGGGGGAUUGGACGUGGAAUCACCAGUCUAACAAGAUCGUGAAGGUGGACGAAGUGGACAAAGAGAAGGAGAAAGAGAAGGACCUUGAGAGGCUAGCUCAGGUUCUCAAGGAUAAGGAAAUUCGAGAAAGGCUGACGACUCAGCGGGCCGCUGCCGAUGACAGUGUCCAGGUCCCCCCGGCCCCGACCCCAACCUCAUCCUCAACGGCUGCGGCUACAGCUGUCGUACCUAGGUAUGUCAAUACUGUCGCCAGCGUUACACCGGGUCGGGUCUCCGCCGACGACUUUGGGGCUGCCAGGAGGGCACGCUUCGCACGCAGUAUGGCGGCCAGGCGCUCCCAGCGGAUGGAGAACCCUACGCCAGUGGUUGGAAAGAGCCCAGCCGAGGCUGACAAGGCUGAUACUUGA